AUGCAAACAAUUGCAAGUGCUCUAAACAUGAAUGCCAAGCUCAUCGCCCUUGUUGCUGCCUUCAUCAUUUGCGCCAUGGUGACCGAAACUUCGGCUCAAUGGUACGGAUAUGGUUAUUACGGAUAUCCAUCAUACUACUCGAGCUACUACGGAUACGCCUAUCCAUCGUACGGAUACUACGGAUACUACGGCAAACGCGAGGCUGGAUUCGGACCAUCACAAUUCCAACACCAGCAGCAGCCAAUUCAGCAGCAGCAACCGCAACACUAA